UCUGUCAUUGUAAGGGGCGGGUAAUCAGCCCCGGGGUGACCCUUUCUCUGUGUCCCGCUCCAGACCCACGGCAGACGCAGCUGGCUCCAGAGACACAGGGAGGGCCGGCUUCGUGGCUAGAGCCCGUCCAGGAGCUCCCUGAGUCCCCUGGGCUGGAGCUACGGCCGGUGUCACCUGCUUCAACCCCUGCAGAGCCGGAGGAUGUCCCAGGAGUGGCCUCAGCCCCAGGGACAGGCCCCGAGCUGGAGCCCCAUGAGCCCUCGGGCCCAGGUCCCAUGACACCUGCAGGAAUGGCACCGGGCCUGGCAGAGCCAGAGGCAGACCCAGAGCCCACCAGAGCCUCUGUCGCGAUCACCCGGGACGUGCGGAGGAAGGAGGAGCGGACCAUCCUGCAGUUCCCUGCCCACCUGGUAGCCGAGCAGCUGACCCUGAUGUGUGCAGGGCUGUACAGCAGGGUUGACUACAGUGAAUGCAAGGCCUACGUAGAGAGCCAGCCACUGAUGAAAGGCAUAGAGCUCCUGGCCCCCAACGUGCAAAUGGUCAUCAGGCAAUUUGAUGCCAUGGUUAGCUUGGUCAUUUCCUCCUGCCUCGGGACCCUGAACAUGACAGCCCGGGACAGGGCCCAAGUGGUGGAGUUCUGGAUCCAGGUGGCCAAGGAGUGUCUGGCCCUCAAGAACUUCGCUGCACUCCGUGCCAUUCUCGUGGGCCUGCGGAGCCGUGCCAUACGUCAUCUGGAAAGCACCUGGGGACGUGUUUCCUGGAAGAGCUCCAGGAUCUAUAAAAAGCUUCAAAAGAGGGACGAGAAGAAUAACAGAGAGUGGCUCCUCAAGGAGGUGGGGGCCGUCGUGAAGCAACAGCUGUGCGCCCCCAACAGAUCCCAGGACAGGAAGAAGCAGGGCAUGGUCCCGUUUCUUGGAUUAUUUCUGCGUGACGUGCCCGUAGACCAACUCCCGGAAUAUAAUGAGGACGGUGACAGGACGAGAGUGAGACAGUUGAAUGCCAUGUCAGAGAAGGUCACCACCCUCCAACUGGAGAUCAUGCUCCAUAAGCACGUGGCUGGGCUGUAUGACCUGGAGCCCGAGGAGCGCUUUGUGUCCUUUUUCCAGGCCGUGGAGCCCCUGGAUGAGGAGGAGAGCUACAGCCUGUCCUGCCAGCUGGAGUCCCGAGGCCAGGAGGCCGGCAGAGAGGGAGUGUUACCGCCCUAUGGGUGGUGCAAUAUGUUAACUUACUGGCCAGGGCCAGCUGCUGUCAUCGGGCCCUCGCCCCUGCUGGCGUCCUGGCUGCAUGCGGAGCAGAGCCACUUCCCCUUUCGGCCGGCGGCUCCUGGCGCUCCACGACCCUAGUCGGCUUGCUGCUCCUCUUCCUCCCGCUGCUCAUCCUGAGCCUCUGCUGGGGCAGCUGCUCUGGCACCUCCUCUGGCUGCAGACUCGAGCAGCUCCCCAGACUGCCUCUGCAUCCUCAAGGACCCGUAUGUAUGUAGCUGCGGCCAACCUGGCCGCUUUCCUGCUGUGUCGUCCUCCUGCUCGUUACCCGCUGGACAGAGGCGAGCUGCCCCACCGUGUGGAGGAUGUUCCCCUUUGUGCAGGUGGCCUCCCGCCAUGACGCCAACUCCUGCCUGGGCACCGUCAGCCACCGAGUCAUAGCCACAGGGUUGCAGGAAGAGCUGGGGGCCGUCCUCCCCAGGCCUGGCCUUUCCCGGGAUGGACACGGACACGGCACAGGACUGCAUGCGACCAUGGCCCCCUGGGUGCCCAGCAGAGGCAUUCGAGAACCCAGGGGCGGCCGGCUGUCACAGCUUCCUGGGGCUUGUUUACAGGGGAGCCACUUGUGCAGCUCACUCCCCUCAUCCAUGGGAAAUAGCCUCCCCAGGCUCAGUGUGGUCUGGGUGUUGUCUCUGAUGUUAAUGGUUCCUGGGGGUUGGGGUCAUCCCUGUGCAGAAUGUAAUAAAUGAUGAACGG